AUGUCCACCAUACAGCGUAUCAUACAGGCUCCCGGACGCCUGGUACGGAGCUUGAGCACGUCUCCAUCCCGGAGCUCGGAGAGCGGGCUCCCAAAGUUCAACGCCGCGCCGAGCUUCAAGUUCACGCAAUCGCCGAAUCCAGGCUGGAAAUGGGGAGAGGGACUUGCGCCUGAAUCAAGCCCGUUGGCGAAGGAGUGGAAGGAGGACGAAGCGAAGGGCUGGAAGAGCUUCACGCUGAAAGAGACGCAUGGGAAGGACGUAUACAUGCUAUUGACCAGCUCAAUCAUCCCUCGACCCAUCGCUUUCAUCUCGUCGUUGUCGGCCCAGGAUGUACCCAACCUUGCGCCUAUGAGCUAUUUCUCUUUGUUGGCGCACGACCCGCCAAUGAUUGGCGUGUCGUUUGCAAUCUUCCGUGGCAUCGGAAAGGAUACACGUGAUAACAUUUUGGCGACGAAGACAUUUACUGUCAACCUCAUCAGCGAGCCUUUCUUGGAGGCCGCCAAUGCCUGCUCGAUCGACGCACCGAAGGAAGUUGACGAAUGGCUUGUCAGCGGCCUCACUCCCGAGCCGAGUACUAUCGUCAAGCCGGCGCGAGUCCGGGAAAGCGCUGUCAGCUUCGAAUGCGAGCUCUUCCAACACCACGAUCUCGUCUCUAACUACGGCCCCGAGAUGACGAACACGUUUGUCAUGGGUAGCAUCAAGAUGAUGCACGUACGCAACGCGGUGUUGUCUCCGGACGGCGUCAACGUCGACCCCGCCAAGCUGCGUGCCAUGUCCCGCCUGGGCAUGUUUUCGUAUGCCCGCGUCGGCGAUGGCAUUGAUAUUCCGAUUCCUAUGUGGGCAGACAAGGGCGAGGAGGUCUCGAAGGUGGUAGAGGAGAAGAGCAAGAACAAGCUUUGA